GUCGCUUUAUCCCUGAAGAUCAAGUCAUUAUUUGGUGAGACCUACUAAGACGAACGCUCUACCCCACGGAGCAACACGCAGCAAUCACGCACCCCCCUUGUAAGUAGAUGUAAGUGUUGUAUUGUUAUCCCCCGUCGGCACGGCCGCAGUAGGAAAAAAACACAUACACGAAGUAUCAACAGAUUAAGAUUAACUUUAUUUAUGACCCCGCAGGCCGCUCGCGGUGGCGUGCGCACGGAAGAACCUCUCACAACAACCUUUCAUCCAAGAUGAAACAAGUCGCGAGUUUUGUGGUAAAGAGGCAGCCUAAAUCAGCGAACAAUCUUGAACCCGCCCGCGAGGACCUCCCCGGAAGAUCAACACCAUUGUAGUCCGCCCGCCCCCGAGCCCGAGAUCGUUAUCAUGAUCCGGCGUCGGCCCAGUCAGGAGCGCGCAAAGCGGUCCCGGGACCGCGACCGGGAGAAAGAGCAGAAAGACAACCAGAAAGAGAAAGACCGCAGUCGCCGCAAAGACAAAGACAAAGAUGAGAAACGUGCGACUUCCGGUUCGGGGAGACAUGCCGACAAACACAUCAAAACUAGCGUCUUGACAUCGGAAAAUAUUGAACAUCAUGAAGUAGACUCUGACCACUCCAGAGCAGAGCCGCGAGAAGAUCAUGGUAGUGGUAAGGACCACCGCAGGGUCGUUGAGAGGGACCAGCACAGGAGCAGAGGCUCGAGGCCGGAGAUGAGCGAAAUGAAUGCUGGCACUACAACCAAGGUCAGCACGCGGAAGAAGUCCAUCGAGCUAAAACCCGCCAAGCGGACGGCUUCGAGGGAACACAGCAGCGAAGAUCUUCCUGGUACUAGGAAUGUCGAGAGGGAAAAAUCCUCCAAGCCGCACGCGCUUUCCUCCCAAGACGGCUCGGUGAAUGUAGUCUCCCAUAAUCACGGUGCAGCGACGUCUUCCCGUGGCGAGGCGUCGCGGGACGACAGCAGCAAUUACUACGGGGCGGCGGUUUCCUCGAAGCAUUCCUCGAAGGAAUCCUCGGCGGUAUCGGCGAAGGAGCAUUUUCUCGGGGACAGCAGCGGCAGGCGAAGAGACCGGGAGAAGGAACAAACACGAGGAGAAGGACAUCGGGAGAGACACAGGGGAGAAGUGAAGGUGAAAGAGCGAGGAAGAGACAGAGAAAGAGAGAAGGAUAGCAGCGAUGCUCCGGAAAAUUUUGCCGAAGGGAAAGAUGCAAAACCGCAGAAAAAAAAACGGGACGGAGACCAUGUGAGCAAAAUGUUGAAACGCGACCAAAAUGGCGGGGACCUCCGAGGAGGGGAGAGGAAUAAAGGUACUGCGAUAUUAGCACUGCUAGUAUUUCCUUUCCGAACUACACUGAGCCUCCUGGUGUUGAAAAUCAAAGUUCUAUCCACUUGCAAACUACGUUUCUUGCUAUCUUUUGUGCGAGGUAACGCGGGAAACUCGUGGUACACUGAUCGCGGAAGUCCCCAUUUGGUGGUUCACUUUGUUCGUGUGAUCCUCCAAAGUUGACGUUCCAACAGUAGAAAUCUUCUAAUUGAACAUUGGCUGAGAACAACAACAGCAGUGAGCUCGUUUUUCUUUGUAUGCAGAGCAAAUUCUUGAUCAACACCGGCUCUACUGUCGGUCUUUCAGAAGUCUGCUUCAUUCUCAUUCUCCUAUAUUGCAUCAUCAUGUUCCGUACGCACAAAGACACAUACUGAAAAUACAACAGAGCGUGGCGAUCACCGGCAGCGGUCGGAGCGGAGGAACAAUGCUGACCGAGACAAGCAUGCCAGCCACCGUAAAGAAAAAAGUAAGACCUACCCAUCCAAAUCGCAAACCCACCCGGGGGCAGAUGUUUCGUCGAGUCGGCAGCACAAAAAUAGGAACCUCCAAUACAGCUCCCCAAACCUCAUUCUGCCCCCGUCCGGAGAAAACGCCGGCUCGUCCCCACCGCUUGUUUUCGGCGCGGGGGGUCCGCCUGGCCCCGCUGGUUCUACGCUGCAACCCGAGGGUGCUGUAGUGGGGUUCGCGCACCACCAGCCUAGCACUGCGACGUCGACCUUUCCGGUUUUGCUUCCACAUAACACUACUAACGGUACUAGUGCCACGACAGCUUCCGCAAAUACAACGGCGCAGCCAGGUGGUGGUGCUGGUCAAGCGAAUCCGCCACCGCAGACCUACAUGAACCCCGGUGCACCUCCUGUUGGACAACAACAGCAACUGCCCCCGCAGUCCAACCCGCCCCCGCUCCAGUCCCCAAAAAUCGACCCGGGAAACGUCACCGAGGAGGUUCUGCGGAACGACUACUGCCAAGUCUUCGUGGACACGGGGUUGCGACCCCAGAAUUUCAUUCACGACAUGGAUCUCUCUUCCCGGUACGAGGACUACCGGAAGCUGGAAAGGGUGGUCAAGUUGAAGGACCAGAUCAUCAAGUACCGCGCGACGCCCGCCAUGGCCCUCAAGUGUGAUUUGAAGGAGUUUUCCUUGAAGUCCCUGGACGUGAAGUUCGACACGGUUAUCAUCGAUCCGCCGUUAUGAUGCGUUGCAAAUGUAAUGUCUGGGUCUGGGAAGAAUAAGAAUGGAACUGGAUGUGACGCUAAAUUUCCAUCAAACAAAAGUAAACCUGUAUUUUUGCAUGAAUAGCCGCGUCAAGAAUUUGAAUUUCAAGCCCAUUUCGCGAAAGAACCUCGUUGACGCUACAGCAUGCGUCAAUGACAUCGCGGGUCAACAUGUACUAAGAUUAUCUGCAAGACAAAAAUAAACUCUGCCAAUCAUGACUACAACUUCCAGACCCAGAUCGAUAUUUGCAGGCAAUAACCGUGGUCCGAGUACAACUAUCGCACCGGGGGUUUGGACGUGUUUGGCGAGGACCUCACGCCCUGGACCUUUUCGGAGAUCGCGAGCCUGAAACUCGACGAAGUGCUGUCCGACCGGUCGUUUGUGUUUCUCUGGGUCGGCGAAACGCACCUCGAGGAGGGGCGGGCGCUGUUCAACAAGUGGGGGCUGCGCCGGAUCGAGGAUCUGUGUUGGAUCAAAACCAACCGCACCUGGCGGGACAUGAACCCCGAGGAGUACGUGGACAGGCGGAACACGAACUUCUUGGACAACGAUAUCCAAGAAAAAAACGUUGUUAGUGUAAAUUUGUGAUGUGCAACAUGCAAGAUGAUUGCGUCUGUCAUGCUUGGCAUGCAUCGUAGGGCCCAUUAAAGGGCGUUUUCAUGUACUAUCUGCGCAUGACAGGUUUUUGCUGUCAUGCCAGACAAAUUUGUAAUGCUGUUCCUCCAAAAUCAAAAAAGUUACACCUACAAUGUUUUUUUCUUGGAUAAACGACAGUUACCUGUUCCGCACGAAGGAACACUGUUUGAUGGGAAUCAAAGGUAUAGCAGCCUACAGAUUUUGAUGGUUCAGAUAUGGUUAUUUUGAUCCAGAGCGAAGCGCCGCCCCAUUGGUCGGUGGUGUCGUGACGCGCAAGUUACUUACGUGUACGACAGAAUAACGUUUUUGUAGGUACCGUCCGGCGUUCGGUGGACACGAAUUUUAUCCAUGCGAACAUUGACACGGACGUGAUUAUUGCGGAAGAGCCGGAGCUGUUUGGGAGUACUGAGAAGCCGCACGAACUGUACGAAAUCAUUGAGCACUUUUGCCUUGGGAGGAGAAGACUGGAGCUCUUCGGCACCGACAACAACCUCCGGGACGGGUGGGUCACCCUCGGCAACGCGAUCACCACGUCCACGUGGGCACCGAAAACGUACGCGAGCUACUUCGAGGGCAAUGACCGGGAAGACGUUUGGCCGAAACGGAGGAAUUUUCGGUAUGGAGAACAAAUUUUUUUUGAUGUACAUGUUUGGUUCCAAGUACUAGAUUGAAGAUUCACCAGCAGUUUGACAUCCAUUAUAGUGUGCGACAAGUAAAGGCCAUGCUUAGAGCCUGUGUCUUGAUCUCUUUUUCUCAAGAAGCCCCCAUGACAGAUAGUAUUCAUGAACAACUCCCCAUCUACUUCAAAUAAACCUGAUCAGUGGCGGCAAGCUACUUGGGUCCGACCCGGUGAUCGAGAUUCUGCGGCCGAAGUCCGUCGAGCGCGAGCGCGAGAUAUCAAUUGCAAAAGUGUCUGCCUGUCAUGCCCCUUUUGCAUGAGCCAUGACGUUUGUGAUGCAUGCCCUAGCGUCACAGAUUUUUUGAGUGCUUCUUGAUGCCUAUUCCGCAUGACAAAUGCCCUCUCUGCGUAGCAAAAAUUGCACUCCCUUCGCUGCUGCUGCAAUACAGAUUUUUUUGGAAUCCAAAUGCAGCAUCACAAGUUGCAUCCUUCCAGUCCCAGACACUUUUGCAUUUGAUACGAGAUGCAGCGGGUUCUGCGGGAAGAGGAGCGGAAAGACGAGUUUGGAAACCAGCAGACAAACCGGGCGGACGAGGACAUGGAGGAGCGUAUGCUUCCCGAGGACGCGGGCGAGCAGGGGGACCAAUUUAUCGACAAGAACGAUACCGACCAGAAUCUGCCGGACAAUCUGGAAGAAAUGAUUCUGAAGCAGGAAAAGCUCCUCUUGGACCACGAGGGAACAGGAACUUCUGCUGGUACCUCCGACGGACUCCUUCUACCCGCGGGGGCCGGUGGUGCUGCUGCUUUGUUGAGCGGCAAUCUCGUCGUGGCGGACAGUGCUGGAAGUAGCACGAUGGACCACUACACAAAACCUCCACCUCCGGUUGGAGCUGCAGCGACGAUUGGACAAGCGCUGGGGAUGGCCUCGAGCAGCGCGCCGGCGGCGGCGGCGGGGGUAAGCACAAGACCAACUACCGGCGGAGGUCAACAUCCAGAGGGAGUUGCGGACGGUGGCGCGACGAGAGUUGCUGAUCAGGCCAGUAAUGUAGUCCUCGCCAGUUCAACGUCCGCACCUGCAGGGGAGGUACUAGCUGCAAGCUCUUCCAGUUUUCCCGGGAUGAACAGCCACGCGACUGAGACGCAGCACAAGCCCGUACCGGCAAAGGCGGGAACUGUACAGCCAGGAGCGGGACUUACACCUGCUGCAGCAACAAAUGCCGCAGGAGCUGCAGCUCCUGCCACGGGAGACGAAGCAGCUGCUAGUGCUGCUGCUGAUGGUCCUUCUCGUCCAUCGCAACAUCCACCCGGAGAUGGUCCAGCUAAACCGACAUCCUCUACCACCUCCGUCGAGGAGGAGAAGAAAAAGAAAAAACCGAUGCCGGCAGUGUCGAAGGCGGGAAGCUUUUUCAACAUGGGGGAAGCGGAUUCCGAUGAAGAGGAGUACAGCGCGAUGCGGGAGCGCGCCCACCGCGAACAGCAGCAGCAGAUGAAGGGCGAAAAGGGUCAACCUUAUCCGCAUGGCGAAUACUAUGGGAAGGAUCCUGGCGGGGGAAAGUAUCACGACCAGUACGGGGCUGCGCAUCACAAAGGCGGUGCUUCUGGUCCGUAUCAGGAGAUGAAGGGAAAGUACGGAUACGGUGGCUAUAAGGGCGGGUAUGGGAAGAAGCACGGUUUUGAUCCAUUUCAAAAAGAAAACUUCGGCAAAGACAAAGCGGGUAUGAAAGACUUUGGAAAGUUUUUCGGAAAGAAGGACGGCAAGGAGCAUUUCCAUCACGGAAAAGACUUUUAUCCCGGAAAACCAUCAACCGCGCCACCUACAGGCGAUAAGGAGAACAAUUUCCUCGCGGGCCCGAAAGGUGGUGGUGCAACUGCGCAGCUGCAAAGCGACCAGCCACCGAAAAACGCUGGAAGUGCAGCGGGCGCUGCUGCUGCUUCUUCCCCGAGCCAGCCGGUGGAGCAGGUCCUCGCGGCUGGGAACAACCAGGCGAAUGCGGCUUUUUUGAAGCGGGAGCAGGAACAGGCGAAGGCGAAAGCCGCGAUGUUGUCGUCGAGCGGCGCCACGUCGACUCCUUUCCCUGCCGGAUCGAACAUCACGACCAUUACCGCGGGAGGCAGUGUGAAGACGACAGCCGGUGCAACCGCUUCCCAGCCCGGUGUUGGAGUCCCAGUGCAAUCUACUUCCCAACUCGGCAGCAGUGGAGCUGGUGCGACGUCGUCGACGCUGCCAACCGCCGUUCCGAAGCCCGGCAUGCCUUCUUCGACCACGUCAACGUCUACUUUCCCAUCCUUUCCUUCCUCCGGCGCAUCAGCAGGAGGUGGAAUUGUGAAUGCGGGGGCACCUUCAACAUCCUCCUCAAGUGUAGCAGCUGCAGGUGGUGUAGUAGUAUCAGCACCCCCUGUAUCGACAUCAGCACCGGUCGCUGCCGCUCCGUUGCAACCAAAGGCUCCACCAGCAGGGGUAGGAGGAGCCUCUACGACAACUUCCGCGCCACUAACUGCCCCUGGUCCAUCUGUCACCGCCGCUGCUGCGACCAAUAAAGAGCAGGCGAGUACUAGUACGAAGCCCAGUGCACCAGCGGCUCCCUCGUUCGACUCCGCGCCGUGGGCCGCACUGAAGCGGGAGAAUUCCCAAACCGCGUCGUCCGGUUCCAGUCCGGAGUUGGAGACGAACAAGAAAACAGCAGCAGCUGUGUCCGGAAUUCCACCAAAGAAGAGCGAGCAACCACCUGCUGCUCCGGAUGUUGAACCUCCCUCCACGGCGCCGAAGCGGCUCUGGGGCGCGCCCAAGCCGCUGGAGAAAAAGAUGCCGCCGGCCGCUAUGCCGCCCCCCGUGAUGCCCCCGGCCGGGCCGCCCAUGGGCAUGGCCGGUCCACCCCCGCCGAUGGGAGCGGGAAGCAGUUCUUCAUCCGGCGCGAUGAUGGGUGCUACGGGUGGCGGCCCUGGUGGACCACCGCCGCCUCCGAUGAACAUGAACCGAAACAACCGUUUUUCCGGUGGCGGCGGUGGUCCUUCUGCCUCUUCUCACAAGGGGGACCACCACCAUCGUGGUGGCGACCACCACCAGGGAACCUAUGGCGGUGGCAGAGGAGAAUUUCUGAUGAACCAGAGCAACUACGGCGAGGGGCGAAACAGCUACAAUUCAAGAGGACCACCGUCUUCACAUGCAGAAAGAAACAACUACGCUGGUAAUAUGGGAGGAUCCGGACCAUCGUCCUCCCGAGGUGGCGGUGGACUACCUCCAACAGACGAUAGGUUUGUGGCGCCGCCCUCCGAUUGGGAUGCGAGCUUGCGGCAGGACAGGAUGAAUAUGCACGGAGGUGGUGGUCCUCCUCCUCCCCGGGGCGGAGGACACAAUCGCAACUACGACCGGGGUCCCGGCGGGAAUGGCGGGCAUCAAAACAAUUACCCAAGGAACAAAAACAACAAUCACCGUGGGAACAACUUCAAAGGAGGAGGCUACGGCGGGCACAAGGGUGGUGGUGGGGGGAAUCGCUAUGGGAACAGAGGUGGCGGUGGAACGAACUAUGGCCAUAGAACAUUUGAUGGCAAUUAAGCAGACAGUUGUGAAGAUCGGUCGAUCCUCAUGAUUACCAUCAAAAUUCAGUUACGAACUUCAUCAGACACAGCGACAAACAUCAAUCUGAACGAAUCUAGAAAGUGCCGAUGAGCUGCACGCGUUUCGACUGCCACAACUAGC